AUGCAAUUUAACUUUUUAAUCUCAAAAUGUAUGUCAGUUAAUGAAAAUGGAAUGACAAUUUUGAAUGGAUCAUAAUUACGCAAUCCAUAACUUGAUGAAGUUAUUACAACAAUGGGUGAAGCAUCUGCAAAGGUAUUUGAUAUCAAUUUAUACUAGGCAUAAAAUUUGAAAUAAGUUAUAACAAGUCCAUCAAGAUUUUAUUAAACUGAUUAAAAAUUGUAUAUUAAAUCAGAAGGAAAAGUACAAAUACAAAUUAAUGUAAUUAGCAAUGCUUAGGAAUACUAAAGAUUGGAAAAAAGAAUUUAUUUCACAGAGAUUUAAGUGGAUUAGUUAGAGAAAUAUAACCUUUAUGUGUACUAGAUUUCUAUGUACAUGAAUCAAUGUAAAGAAGAGGAAUUGGCAAAGAAUUAUUUGAAGAAAUGUUGAGAUGUGAAAUUAUUUACCCAGAAAAAUUAGCAUAUGACAGACCAUCUCCAAAAUUAUUAGGUUUUCUUAAGAAACAUUAUCAUUUAUCAAAUUAUAUACCUUAAAAUAACAAUUUUGUUAUCUUUUCAUAAUAUUUUGAUAAUAGAUAGUAGAAUAUUAAUUUAUAACUGGCAUCUUAAAAUUAAUAAUCUUAAUAUUCAUCAACACCCUCUAAAAUUGAAUAAUUAGGAACUUUGAUGUCUUAAAUGACAAUCUCAUCAACAUAAUCAAAGAAUUAACAAUAAUAGUUUAGUAAAUCUUAAGCUCCAUGGGCUACAGAUUAAAAAUCAUAAUAAAAUGUAUAAAAUUUAACAUAAGUAUUAGAUGUAUGAAACAACAACUGGACUUAUGUCAGCUUAAAUCUAGAAAAAAAGAUGA